AUGUCUCGAACAUCUACACUCCUCUCGUCGACUGAAACUCUAGCCCGCCUACGAGUCGUAGGCUAUCUUUCAGAUUACGACAUUCACCACUCUAGCACUUCUCACAUCCCAAAUAGCGAGAUCAUUGAUGAAUUGCCAUCACCACCACUACAAUCGCCAGACCUGAACCGAGAAAGUCCAGAAUGGCCGAACCAUUACCGUCGUAUUCCACCAUAUCGACCAGUUAAUCAUGAUCUCGAUCAAGGGCAGAGACGAGUUUAUACCAGUGGCCCGGAGAGGGCUUUCAUUGCAAUUAUGUUUCUUGGUGUGAGGAAUAAUGCUAGACUGAAUAAACUGUGGAGGAUGACGGGCGAGAAGAUCAAUGAUCAGGUAUUUGGGUACAAGAUUGGUGGAGAGUGGUGAAAUAUGGACUUUUGCUUCAUUACUGUGAUAUUUAGCAGGAAUACUGGAUUUGUUUCGAAAUUUGAGUGUGGAUACAUGAAUAAGUUACCAAAACUAUGGAAUAUCGAGUAUGUUGGAUAUAUAAGUAGAAAAUUUUGUACUGAAUACCUCUAGUUAACUGCUUAGGCCGAGACACUUGAAACCUGAUAUAGUCGAGAC